AUGUCUAACAGUGAUAAAGAUUCAAUUAGAAAACGAUUAGACAGUGGUGAAUAUAAAUCGUGUGAUAAGUCAACAACUGCUAGUGCCGAGUGGUGGAAAUCAUUCAAUCGCAUUCAAGAUGAAAAAGAAAAUAUCAUUCCUUAUGUUAUAUGUAUACAUUGUAAAUCAGUUCUUGCUUAUGAUUCACAGAAAACUAGUUCAAAAACACUGAAACUUCAUUUCGAGAAUUGCAAAAGUAAACUUACUAUUACUACACCAAAAAUUACAGCACAUUUUACAAGUGAAAAAUAUAAUCACGUAGCAUCGAAACAUAUAAAGAAAGUAUUAAAUGAAUGCGUUAAGUUUUGUGCUUACGGCAUGAGAUCGUUUAACUCGGUUAAUGGACAUGGUCUCGAAUUUUUAGUGCAGGAUCUUCUCCACGUUGCUUAUUCAACUGAUGUUAAGAUUAAAGGGUCAGAUAUUAUACCUCAUUCAACAACUAUAUCUCGUCGUGUACAAUCUAUGGCUUGUGAUGAACGACGUAAAUUAAUUAUUACAUUAAAAAAUGAUAUCGGACAGGCUCUUUGUAUAGUCGGUACGAUUAGUGAGAUUUCUGAAAGCGGAAUCACGAAAGGUAUACAAGAAACUCGACGUGGUGCAGUAAUUGGCGAAGGUCUUCUUUCAAUUCUUUUCUACAGUUUCGGAAUAUUCGUUGCUUAUCGAUAUUAUGAAACAGGUUUACGAGUGUAA